GUCGCAUUUGGAACUUUGAUAUCUGGAACUCUCACUUCGCAACCUUGUGUAGCGCCGUUCCUCAACUCUCCUUGGCCAUGGUCUAUUUUCCUGGAGAGACGAUUAUCGACGUCUUUCGUCGUAUCUGCUCAUCUGAACAUGCCAACAACGACGCGCUGAAGUGUGGAGAUGAUCAAUGGUCCUACGCCGAAUUGGAUUCUAUCACACAGUUCCUCAGUGAACGAUUUGAAGAGGAAUACGGGUCUCAUCCAGUUGUCGCUUUUAUCGGUGAAAACCAUCCGUAUCUUUUUGCGUGUCUGUUCGCAGUGUGGCGUAUCGGUGGUAUAGUCGCGCCAAUAGAUCAUCAUGCCCCAAAGCAUAUGAUGGAUGCUAUGCUUCGUAUCGUGAAUCCAGCAGUUGUCGUCGUCCCUUCGAAUGUUCUUGCCAUCCAAACCUUGGUGAAAGACAUGCACAUUCCUCUCCAUGUUUUCGAUGCCGAGGAUAACAUUUUCGCCACCUAUAAACACCGGUGCUCACAAAACAACAAGGUCAUACUGACUGGUCAUUCCCACCCAUCUGACACAUGCCUCCUUGUCUUCACCUCCUCAGCAUCCGAUAUUUCCAAUCUUAAAUGUGUACCUUUAACACAUGCUACGGUCAUUGACCGGUGCCGCUCUCAAGUCUCCUGGCUGAAGAAAAAUUUUCCCCAUCAAUCGUUUGACCGCCUUCGUGUUCUUGGAUGGUCCCCAUGGUUCCAUGCCAUCGGGCUGAGUCACGACAUCGGAGCCUGCACCAUCUUGACAGCAGGAUGUUACAUCUUCGCUCUGAUGCCAUCUGGAUAUUCAGCGGUACAUCAGAGAUUGAUAGGGUCUCGUACCCUUGCCGAACUCCUUUUGGAUUCCGUAUCGGAAGAGAAAGCCGACAUUUUUACAGGAGUUCCUUGGUUUUUUGAGGUUCUUAGGGAUGGCUGGGCAAUGGAAACUGACGUCACUCGCCAAGUGUGUAUUACAAAUUCCCUUAGAAGCUUCAAGGCUCUAGCGGCUGGUGGUGCGUCGAUGAGCGCGGAUGUUUUGGAAUGGUCGCGGCAGCUUGAUUUGCCCUUGGUUCUGGCAAUCGGGAUGACGGAAUUCGGAGGACCACUGUUUCAUGGGUUACCACCCCGAACUGAGGGCGAAAAUGGCUGGGAUAUUGAUGACUGUCUCAUUUCUGACGCCAGUCUAUACAUAGAUGACAAGGACAGUUCAGAGAAAGGAACAGGCGAGUUAUGGGUUACCAGCAAGACCAUUGCUAAGGGCUACUUGCACCACGAUUCAUCCGCGUUCACGGCAGGCGUCGAAGGUAGCAUUACCUUCCGCACGGGAGAUAUAUACACCAGAACUUCCAAUAAUAGGUUGGUUUGGAAAGGCCGAAAGGAGGAUUUCAUCCAGCUAGAUUCAGGUGAAAUAAUGGAUCCACGAAUUCACGAGAAGACUUUUGAUGAUAACCCAGUCAUUGCCCGGUCUUGCAUUAUCGGGAACAAUUUCCUUCGUGGCGCAUCGCAGUUUCUUUGUCUGAUCGUCGAACUCAUGCCAGAGGCUACUUUAACACGAAAGGAAGCAUACGAACAGGUGACCAAGACUGUGGGUACAGUCAAUAUAUCUUUGCCGCCUCCAUUACGCAUACUGUGGAGUCGCAUCCUGAUCCUUGGACCCGAUUCAUCAAUUCCCUUAAACAGGAAGCAUCUUGUUUGGCGUAAGAAACUGGAGAGUCUAUUCUGGGAUCUUGUCAAGGGGUUGCCCGCGCCAUCUCCUGCAGCUACCUCUUCUCAACGCUCGGGAUCUUGGACAACCGAAGCUGCAAAAGACAUUGUGAUCCAGUCAGUGUCGAUCGCGUUAGGGUUAUCUGAAGACAUCCUCCUGGCACAUUCCGAUGCAAGUUUUGCUGAGCUUGGAAUGGAUUCUGCAAUGGCGUUGAUGAUCAUCAAUUCAAUAAAUGGCCGACUGCGCCUUGAUCUUCCUCUAAACGCUUGUCACACUUAUAUCGAUCUCGAGUCCCUAACUCAUGCAGUCCAUGUAAAGCUCGGACUUGUCAAUGACCCAAACAUUACUGGCUCGCAGGCUGCUCAUUUCCCGAGGUCAAUCGAUGAUGUAGUAGUCGUCGGUCAGGCCAUGCGCCUUCCUGGAGAUAUCAAUAAUAUAGAUUCGUUCUGGAACGCUCUCGUCGAGAAGCGUCAGGACCUCAUUAUCUCGAUACCAUCUGACCGAUGGGACCAUAAAGGCUUUUACACGACCUCUAAACCUGCUCGUCCUUGCGACAUCACUUUCGAUAAAGCUGGUUUUGUCGAUUACGCCAGCUUCGACAACAGUUUCUUCGGCAUAAGCUCCGCGGAAGCGUUGUUUGUAGCGCCAUCUAUCAGGUUAACCCUCGAGGCUGCGUUCGAAGCUCUAGAAAAUGCCAAUAUCCCGCAGUCGCGUGUCAAAGGUACUGAUAUGGGCGUUUUUGUUGCGACUGGAUUGGAUGAAGGUUACCAACAGCUAUUGUUUCUCGAUCAAGGCUAUGCGGCAUAUACUCGUUAUUAUGGCACUGGUAUCGCUAAUAGUACUGCUUGCGGUAGGAUCAGCUAUUUGUUAGACAUUCAUGGACCUUCUAUAGCAGUCGAUACUGCAUGUAGCGGUAGCCUCGUUGCAUUAGAUCAAGCCGUCAAAUAUUUGCAAUUUGGAGGAGGUGAAUCUGCCAUUGUCGUUGGCGUGAACACACAUUCUUGGCCGGGAACCUUCGGCUUUCUUUCGGCGCAACAAAUGUCAUCCACGAAGUCCCGGUGUGCAACAUUCACUGAUGAAGCCGACGGAUAUGUUCCUUCGGAGGCGGUUGUAGCCGUAAUCCUCAAAACUCGUCAAGCUGCGCUACGUGAUAACGACAAUAUCCUUGGUGUCAUCAAGUCCACAAACACGCUACAUAACGGUCGUAGCCAAGGAAUGGUCGCUCCAUCAUCCUCAGCACAGUCAUUAUUGCAGAGAUCACUGCUUAACAAAGCUUCUCUCAAGCCAUCAGAUAUUGAUUUUAUUGAAGCGCACGGCACCGGAACAUCGCUAGGAGACCUGAUCGAGAUGGAAGGAAUCAAUGACGUGUUCAAGGAUAGUCACACCAAGGAUCGUCCAUUGAUCAUCGGUGCUGCGAAAAGCUGUGUGGGACACACAGAAACCAGCUCGGGUCUAGUGGGGAUGGUAAAGGCCCUAGCAUCUCUUUCUCGCCGAGCUGUACCAGGUUUGACGCAUCUUACCACGUCGAACCUGAAUCCAAAUAUUGACUGCUCUCUCGUUCCAAUUCACAUACCCCAUCAACCCGUGAAAUUGUCGAAAGGAAAUGAUCUACUCCGUGCACUUGUCCUAGCAUACGGAUUUGCUGGUACUAUUUCUGGUGCCCUAAUUGAAAAAGCAGAGCCCAGGGAUGAUCUUUCACUCUCAACGCCGAGUUUAGAGCCCAUGCUCUUCGUUGUGAGCGCCAAGUCUGAAACGGCAUUGAAGUCUUACGUCCAAAAGUACAUCGACUUUUGCGCAUCGGUGGAGAAGGAACUAUUCAAAUUGAUAUGCUAUACCAGCUGCGUGGGGAGAGAGCAUUAUCGGUACCGAUUUGCUUGCGUUGCAAGCACAAUGGAUGAGUUAAUUGAAAAACUCGAGGAUCAGCUAACUCGUUGUAUCGAAUCCCGCCCGUCAAAUCCGAAGGUGAUAUUUGGCUUCACAGGACAGGGAUCGCAGUACGCUGGAAUGGCUCGCGACCUCGCCAUGAGCUUCAAAGGGUUCCGCGGUCUUCUCCAAGAACACUGCGAUGUCGCCUUCCUCUAUUGUGGAUUUUCGGUGAUGGAUAUUCUGGUUGGAGGUAAUUCCGCGAAGGAUCGCGAUAUCAACGACAGUGAAGUCGGUCAAGUCUGCACAUUUGUCUACCAGUAUAGCAUCUGUGUUUGGCUCCAGUCUUUGGGAGUACGACAUCAAGCUGUUAUUGGCCAUAGUUUAGGGGAAAUUGCUGCUGCAGUUAUUGCUGGAAUAUUCAACUAUGAGGAAGGCAUACGUUUUGUGGUUCAGAGAUCACAUCUUUUGAGGCGAAGAGAGCAGCAUCGAGGCGCCAUGGCAGCUAUUGCCACUGACGAGGGGGCAAUCCUCCAAUAUUUAAGCAAUUUAGGCAUUUCUGAGUCGGUGGUGAUAGCUGUCUUCAAUGGUUAUGACUCUCACGUCGCAUCCGGCGAAACAGAAUCUAUCAACAAGCUAGUCUCUGCGGUGAAGAGAGAUGGAAUCAGAGCAGUCAAGCUGAAUGUCGAUCAAGGGUUUCAUAGUCCAUGUAUUGUCCCGGCUCUGUCAGCCUUGGGAGAGACGAUUCAUGAAUUGCCCAGCCGACCAUUACAGGUCCCAAUGUUUUCAACAGUCACGGGUAGGCCAAUCCCUCCCCAGAGCAUCCUGUCACGAACAUAUUGGGUUGAUCAUGCCCGAAAUCCCGUGCUGUUUUCUCAGGCGCUGGAGGAAUUGCAAAAGGACCAUUCGAUCAAUACCAUCCUUGACAUUGGGCCCCAGCAAACAUUCUGGGGUCUAUCUCAAGGUCUCGUUGACAAGGUCAAGAUCUCUGUCUCAGGGAAGAAAGGUACCAAUCAAGAGAUGGUGCUCCUCAAAGGAUUGGCGAGCCUAUACCAAACAGGUGCUAGCCUCGAUCUCGCCAAAUUAUACACAGAGCGGCCUUACGCCUACUCCAAAACUGACAUUCCGACAUAUCCGUUCCAACGUCAACGCUAUUAUCCCGCUUUCAUACCUGCUUACGACAAUUUAGGAGAAUCUCCAUCUGCGGCAAAUGUGAAUGGUAAAGGUACAGGAAAAGAAAUCCUUUUAAUCCACGACAGUCUUCGUGCCGUCUUGGAUGGCCAUCGGAUUGAAGGCCAUCGAGUUCUUCCAGCAGCGGCGUUGGCAAGUUUCUUCAUCUCAUUGUCGAGGAAUUCAGCUCGGUCUUUAAAGAGCAUACAAUUUCAUCGGCCUCUCAUUGUGGAUGAGAACAUUCACGUAGAGGCACUGAUAGAUGACGAUGGAGCUUUCACCUUAUACCAAGGCAUUGCAUUCGAAGAGCAUGACAAAAUUUGCUCAGGACGCUUUGCCUUCUUACCAUCACCAUACCCAUACAAACAGUGGCCGUCAGGUAUAUCACCGAAUGAGGUGAUUGACCAAGCCAAGGUCUACAGUGCCUUCAGAAACAUUCACUUUGGCAAGACCUUCCGCAAUAUCACACGAUUUGACGUAUGGAACGACCGUAUUGAUGCGUCCAUCGUGGUAGAUCCAUCUACACGUUAUCCAGAGUACGACUAUAUCCGCAAAUUGGACCCUUGCUUGCAUAUGUUCGGCGUGGUUAAUACUUUGUUGGGAGAUGCGCCUCCCACAGAACGGACAGAAGGAUCCUUUCUUCCAUCUUCCCUCGAAGGCUUGAUAUUCUACACUGACAAGUUCCCUGAUAGCUUCAUUUGUCGUUAUCAUCUACCUAUUAGCAUGGCGAGAAAUCACCAUGUAAUGACUGUCCAAUUCGAUGUCGUUUCCAACGACGGGGAGCUUCUCGCGUGUUGCAAGAGGUACUCAGUUGCUUGGAUCCCGGUCGGAACAAUCAAGCAAAACGUUGAGCCAUCCUCAAAUCUAGCCGUUCCCAGUUGCUGGUUCAGUAAUACAUGGGUGCACAGAGAUGCAGCGUCUACCAGUUCCCAGCUUUCCCUUCCGGAUUCUGUGCUCUACAUCAGCCCGACACCUCAUGCCCCUUUAAUGAAAGAACUCGCCCAAAUUACGUCGGAACUAGCUUACGCCGGGUUAGCCAACUGCAGACGGUGGGCGAGAAUUCGAGGCACGAACUGGGAUCCUCCAUCCCUUGUUUUCAUCGAUGCAGAUACGACAACAAAAUCUAUAAUUCUCGACGUGACCUCGUUCAUCAUGGACCCCCAUUCGAGCACGUUCUCAACAUGCUGGAAAGAAAUUCUUCAGUUGAUGAAGACACUCAUAACAGGGAAGAUUCACUACGAUAAUCUCGUCGUUCUUUCGUCCGGCUGUACAGGCAACGGGGAUUCAUUUUCUGUUGGUGCUGCGGUCCAAGGAAUGAUCCGAGUGUUCCGUCGAGAAACGGGCUUACAAGAUACCAUCUGGGGGUUAGAUGUCCCUCAAAGUCUGCCGUCUGCAGAGAUCGUCAACCUCAUUGCACGCGAAUUGGAACAGAGACCGUUAAGGAAGGUCAAGGAUAAUAUGAUUUCUGUUCGAUACGAUGCUGACCGAGGGCAAUUCUUCGAACUGGUGCCAGGGCUAUAUCAUUUAGAAGGUACCGAGCAAGCGACGUUUGAGGGCGUUACCAUCAUUGUCGGACUUGGAAGUAUCGGGUCAGCACUGGCAUCUCACAUAGCAAAAACGGGUUCUCACACCAUCAUAUUUAUCGGUCGACGGUCAAGAGAAACGGUCGUUAAUGAACUUUCCAAGAUAUCCUCAGCAUCUUCGAGGAUAGAAUAUUUCCAGGCCGAUGCUUCGAAUAAGGAAGCCCUUUGCCGGGUUAUGGUAGAGAUACUUGAGCGCUUUGGCCCCAUUUACAAUAUCGUCCACACGGCUGGAGUUGUUCGGGAUGCGAUCAUUCCAAACAUCAGUGAACAUGACUUUGAGGAGGUGUUGAAGCCCAAAAUCAAUGGAGCGUGGAAUCUACACGUGUUGUCCCUUGAGCUAGGCCUAUCCAUUGAUCAUUUCGUACUUCUGAGCAGUAUCAGCGUUCCUUUAGGAAAUAUUGGGCAAGUCGCCUACGUUGCGGCGAACUCAUACUUGGACUACCUUGCUACGUAUCGCCAGAGGCUAGGUUUAUCCGCCGUCUCCCUCCAGCUAGGCGCUUGGGAGUCCAAUCUUAUCCGGAAGUUAGAUGUGUCGAAGGGUCUCGUCAAACCUCUUAGCCACACAGAAGGCAUUCCCAUGAUUAUGAAGGCAAUGGCACUCGCAAAGAAAUGUCCGGAGCCAGUCCAGGUCAUUGCAAAGUUCGACGUGGAAUUAAUGGGCGAGGUCCCUGCGUUCAAGGAGGAUAGAAUGUUUGCCUCUAUUGUUGGUGACGUCGGUAAUACACCUGCAUCGACGAUGACAAGUGAGCAGGCGGAAGAAAUCUUCAUCAACAUUUUACGAGAUGUCCUCGAGCUGAGAAAUGAGGAGUAUCUAGAUCUCGAGGAGUCUUUAACUGCCAGCGGGAUAGAUUCGAUUGCGUUCGCCCAAAUUCGUGGCCGAAUGCUAAAGGAUAUAGGUGCAGAUGUUCCUAUGGUUUACUUGUCGGACGUGUUUUCAAUGAAGGACAUGGUUACCAGUGUCUGCCACACAUUUGGCAGUGUACCAACGUAGGGACAUGCUAAUGCUAUUUAUUUUAGAUGCAGAGGGACUAAAUAUACGAUGCUGUGGAUGCUACGUGGUAAGGAACCCGAAUGCGCCAGAAUAUGGGACAUAUGAAAUGGUGUAAAAGCUUCAAAGACUCUUUAUUAAUGUCG